AUGGAGCGCGGAAGGAGGUUGAUAGCGUUUGCACUGCUCGCGGGAUUAUGGAGUGCUACUGUGGCAGCCACGGAAUCGAGCAGCAGCAGUUCGUCGCAGGGAAGCGACAGCACGACCGCGCUGACGGCGAACAAGGUGGGAGCGCUCUUCGUGUUCCUCGCCUCGAGCUUCCUGGGGGUGUUCGUCCCCUACUUCAUCCCCGUGCGGCAAAAUAUCCUCAAGUUCGGCGUGCUCUUCUCCACGGGUCUCUUCAUCGGCAUGUCGCUGCUCUACCUCACACCGGAAACCGAGGAGCUCUUUGCGGACCUCACCACAAACAAGUACCCGCUGGCGUAUCUGGUGGUGGUGAUGGGCGUCUUCCUCACGUGGCUCUGUGACCUCAUCGUCAAGACCGUGUGGAGAAAACGAUCCGUUUCCAACGAUCCAGCCAAGGAAUCCGAUCCAACAGUGGCUGCCGUCCUCGGCGUGGGCCAAAAGGCCGUCAUGGAGAGUGACGCGGAAGGCGGCAGCAGCGCACCGGCAGACUACAACGCGCUGAGCUUCGUGGACGUGGCUCUCAUCCUCUUCGCCCUCUGCUUCCACGCCGUGUUUGAAGGGCUUGCUGUUGGCCUCGCCUCCACUGUCUACGAUGUCUGGCAAAUGGCCUCCUCCAUUGCCGUCAACGAGUUCUUCGAGGGGAUGGCGCUUGGUGUGACGCUGAGGGUUCAGGACACGGAGAGGAGUGCCUUGAAGCAUGUUCUCUUCGCCCUCUGUGCAUCCGUUGUUGCUCCCCUUGGUAUCGUGAUCGGCAUUGUCCUUGACACGACUGGCAAUCCUACUGCACGGGAAUGGGUCAGGGCGUUUGGAAACGGCAUGGCAGCUGGAGUCUUUUUGUUUAUUGCCCUAAGCCACUUGAUUGCCAAGGGAAUGAAGCCUGGGCCGAAUGACAAGCCGUGGCUUGUCUUUGUGAAGUGGUUUGUUUCAGGGCUGGGUCUUAUGACCAACGCUCUUCUCCAACUAAUUGGAAAGAGCUAG